AUGGAGGCUCACUGUCUCUUUACUUCAAAGGUUGUCACGCCGAGCUCAUUCCAGAUGUUUCGUCUGUCUAUAUAUGCAUUUGAUUUGAAAUACGUGAUUCUUCUCGGCCCUAUAAAUGGCCGUGAAACUCACUUACAAGAGUUUUCAAGCACACCCAAGACCAAAUUCUUUUUCCCUCUUCAUUCCUCAACGAAACUUGUCUCUGAUUAUCCAAAAUCGCGAGACUCAAUCAUGGAAUCCAAAGCCAUAGAUAAUACUAUUAAAAUCCUCUAUAGCUACGGCGGAAAGAUCCUUCCUCGCCACACCGACGCCAAGCUCCGUUACUACGGCGGCCACACCAGAGUCCUCUCCCUCCAUCCUUCCACUUCUUUCUCAGAGCUGAUACUAAAGCUUACCGAGUUGUGCGCUUCGCCGGUCACACUUAAGUGUCCAUUGCCGAACGGAGAUUUGGACACCUUGAUUUCCGUCACCAGCGACGAAGAUUUGGCUAAUAUAAUUCACUUAUACGAUCGAGCUUCUUCGUCGUUGCCUCAUCGCUUGAAGAUCAGAGCCAUUCUUUCGCCGCCGAAGAAACUGUCUCCUUCUCCGUCUUCACCUUCUUCCAGCGCAGCUCACUCUCCGUCCGGUGGUUCGCCUCACUCCGCCGCCGAUUCCCUGCCGUGCCCGGCGGCGCACCAGUUCGUCCGCCGUAAGUGCUCGCCGGUGCCGGUUGCGUAUCCGAUUAGCGUCCGUAGCGGAGCAGCAAAAGGCUGUAUGUACACGAGGCAGUUAGACGGAAGUCCGAGAUUCCUUUACCGUGGGGUUCACUGGAAUAAUUAUUGCCACUGAUGCAAAUUGCAAAGUUAUUUGUGGAGAUAAUUUUAAAAGGUUUCGUUAGGUUUAGAAUAUGAAUGAUACGAUGAUGACGAUGAAAAAUACCAAAAGAUUUGCUUGAGAUCAACGGUAUAUGAAAUUCUAGUAGUGUACAUUAUUAUCAGAGAGUUAUGUGUUUUAUUUUGAAAGAUAAAUUACUUAUUUCAUUUUUAUAAUUU